CUAUGAAACCUACGUAGUCAAACAGCAUGAUGCUUCUCCUGUCAGCUGUGUGAUGAGGAGGAGAGUUUGGCUUUGGAGCGCUGGGAACCUGAGCGAUUGCUGAGGACUCAGAGCUCAGCCCUGACCACUAGAGAGCUCACAACACAAUGAACAAAUUGAAUUUCCAUAACAACAGAGUCAUGCAAGACCGCAGGAGUGUGUGUAUUUUCCUUCCUGAUGAUGAAUCUCUAAACAUCAUCAUAAAUGUUAAAAUUCUGUGUCACCAGUUGCUGGUCCAGGUGUGUGACCUUCUCAGGCUAAAAGAUUGUCACCUAUUUGGACUCAGUGUUAUACAAAAUAAUGAACAUGUAUAUAUGGAGUUGUCACAAAAGCUUUAUAAAUACUGUCCAAAAGAAUGGAAGAAGGAGGCCAGCAAGGUACGACAAUACGAAGUCACUUGGGGUAUUGACCAGUUUGGGCCUCCCAUGAUUAUACACUUCCGUGUGCAGUACUAUGUGGAAAAUGGCAGAUUGAUCAGUGACAGAGCAGCAAGAUACUAUUAUUACUGGCACCUGAGAAAACAAGUCCUCCAUUCUCAGUGUGUGCUCCGAGAGGAGGCCUACUUCCUGCUGGCAGCCUUUGCCCUGCAGGCUGAUCUUGGGAACUUCAAAAGGAAUAAGCACUGUGGAAAAUACUUUGAGCCAGAGGCUUACUUUCCAUCUUGGGUUGUUUCCAAGAGGGGGAAGGACUACAUCCUGAAGCACAUUCCAAACAUGCACAAAGAUCAGUUUGCACUGACCGCUUCCGAGGCUUAUCUUAAAUAUAUCAAAGAGGCUGUUCGACUGGAUGAUGUUGCAGUUCAUUACUACAGAUUGUAUAAGGAUAAAAGGGAAAUUGAAGCCUCACUGACCCUUGGAUUGACUAUGCGGGGAAUACAGAUCUUUCAGAAUCUAGAUGAAGAGAAACAAUUACUUUAUGAUUUUCCCUGGACAAAUGUUGGAAAGUUAGUGUUUGUGGGUAAGAAGUUUGAAAUUUUGCCAGAUGGCUUGCCCUCAGCCAGAAAGCUCAUAUACUACACAGGGUGCCCCAUGCGCUCCAGACACCUCCUGCAGCUUCUCAGCAACAGCCACCGCCUUUACAUGAACCUACAGCCUGUCCUGCGCCACAUUCGGAAGCUGGAGGAAAAUGAAGAGAAGAAGCAGUACCGGGAAUCUUACAUCAGUGACAACCUGGACCUCGACAUGGAUCAGCUGGAGAAACGGUCACGGGCCAGCGGGAGCAGCGCAGGCAGCGUGAAGCACAAGCGCCUGUCUCGUCAUUCCACCGCCAGCCAUAGCAGUUCCCACACCUCAGGCAUUGAGGCAGAUACCAAGCCCAGGGACACAGGGCCAGAGGACAGCUACUCCAGCAGCGCCAUCCACCGCAAACUGAAGACCUGCAGCUCAAUGACAAGCCACGGCAGCUCCCACACCUCAGGGGUAGAGAGUGGUGGCAAAGACCGUCUAGAAGAGGAUUCACAGGAUGAUGAAAUAGAGAUGUUGGUUGAUGACCCCAGGGACCUGGAGCCGAUGAAUGAGGAAUCUCUGGAAGUCAGCCCAGACAUGUGCAUUUACAUCACAGAGGACAUGCUCAUGUCAAGGAAGCUGAAUGGACACUCUGGGUUGAUUGUGAAAGAAAUUGGUUCUUCCACAUCCAGCUCUUCAGAAACAGUUGUCAAACUUCGUGGCCAGAGUACUGAUUCUCUUCCACAGACUAUAUGUCGAAAACCAAAGACUUCCACCGACAGACAUAGCUUGAGCCUUGAUGACAUCAGACUUUACCAGAAAGACUUCUUGCGAAUUGCGGGUCUGUGUCAGGACACUGCUCAGAGCUACACCUUUGGGUGUGGUCAUGAACUGGACGAGGAAGGCCUCUACUGCAACAGCUGCUUGGCUCAGCAGUGCGUCAACAUCCAAGAUGCUUUUCCAGUCAAGAGAACCAGCAAAUAUUUCUCUCUGGAUCUUACUCAUGAUGAAGUUCCAGAGUUUGUGGUGUAAAGAACACCUGUGUGCAGCCAGAUGGGCAGCCUGCUGUUUACCAGCGGCUGUGGAAGUCAUGGGUUCUUUACAUAUUGUGCCAUAUUUCUUCACCCCAACCAUAGCUCUUUCUUUAUAAUACUUUGAUGGAAACAAAAGCCUUGGGACAAUUGCACUUUAAGUAUUAUGCAGAGGUUAAGGAACUACAGAGAAUGUACAGCAAGACAAGUGCCCAGAAGUUUAUUGAUCCUUUGGAAGGAAAUGUGCUUUACAGGUUACCAGGCCUUCAGACUGUUGGACUGUGGUGUAUUUGUUUAUCUGUUGUUUUUUACUUCAGUAAAUGUAACAUUACAGUUUUUAUCACAUGAAAGAUGUUAGGCUUAUAUGUUUGCUUGUAAAAUUUUUUUUAAACCUCUCCCUCAUAAAGUGCUCAUGGUUUAAAGGAGGAGAGGGAGGGUUCUCUCUUCUUGUAAUAGAGAGACCAUUGCUGCCUCACUGAGGAUGUCCCAACGUGAACACUAAUGAAGUGGUCACAGUCGCAUGGUUCUAGCAAGCCAAAGAUAUGUCCAUAACAGAGGCACCCACACUGAUAGUCAAGAAGACGUGAACUAAGCAAUAACCAGAAGAGUGUGCACACUGCAAUGCCUGUGACUCCUUCACACCUGAUAAGUUUCACGUCCUCCUCUGUGCUCUUCCAGAAAGCUCUGGGAUUCAGUUGAGUUCCUCCUUGGAUUAACAGAUGAGUUGUGCUCACAACAUAAUACAUUUUGUGGCAUUUACAAAGCUGGUGUCUGUUGAAACAAUGGGAAUGUCUCAGAAAACAUACCUGGUGGUGUUCUGUUUGUUUUCACUUUUCAAUUAUCAAGAACAAGUGAUGGUUAUGCUAGUUUCUGCUUAACCAAAAUACCCUAACUAUAUGUAUAUAUUAUACAUAUAUAAAUAC